AUGCCGGGGGAACAAACCGGAGAAACUCCGACGAUAGCCGGUGUUGGCGGCGGAGGAGGUGGUUGUAGCGCCGGGAAUAGUGGCGGAAGCAGUGGAUGUGGAGGAGGGGGUGGUGGUGGAGGCGGAGGUGGUGGUGGAGGAGGAGAUUCGCAGAGGUCAAUUCCGACGCCGUUUUUAACCAAAACUUACCAGCUAGUGGAUGAUCCGGUUUACGACGAUUUGAUUUCAUGGAACGAAGAUGGUUCAACAUUCAUCGUGUGGAGACCAGCCGAGUUCGCUAGAGAUCUUCUUCCGAAAUACUUCAAACACAACAAUUUCUCCAGUUUUGUUCGUCAGCUCAACACUUACGGAUUUCGAAAAGUAGUUCCGGAUCGUUGGGAGUUUUCUAACGACUGUUUUCGGCGAGGUGAAAAGAUUCUGCUUCGGGACAUUCAACGCCGGAAAAUCUCUCAGCCGGCAAUGGCCGCCGCAGCCGCAGCUGCAGCGGCGGCGGUAGCGGCUUCAGCUGUUACAGUUGCAGCGGUUCCGGCUGUAGCACACGCUGUCUCUCCGUCGAACUCCGGAGACGAGCAGGUGAUUUCGUCUAACUCGUCACCAGCGGCUGCAGCUGCUAUGACUACUAGUGGAGGAGCCGUUGGUGUUGUUCUUCAGAGGACGACGAGCUGCACCACUACGCCGGAGCUGAUCGAGGAGAACGAGCGGUUGAGGAAAGAGAAUGUACAGUUGAGUCAAGAGCUGACAAAGCUUAAAGGAUUGUAUGCGAACAUCUACACGCUCAUGGCGAAUUUCACGUCCGGUCAAGCGGAGUGUGCGAGUUUGUUACCGGAAGGGAAACCGUUGGAUCUUUUACCGGAGAGACAAGAGAUGACUGAAGAAGCCAUUGCCAUGGCUUCUAGAAUAGAAACAGGGAUUGGUUUGAAGCUGGACGAGGAUUUGACUCCGAGGUUGUUUGGGGUUUCUAUAGGGGUGAAGCGAGCUAGAAGAGACGAAGAGUUGGGUGCUGGGGAGGAAGAAGAUGAUGAGAGACGAGAAGCGAGUAACCGAGAGGGCUCUGAUGUUAAGUCGGAGCCGAUGGAGGAGGACAAUAACUCCGGUAACCACGACGGGGCAUGGCUCGAACUCGGAAAAUGA